GAUAACUCAGAGAACGAGGAAUCGGUCGGGGUGGGGCCUUGUUCAUGGAAUCGUGGACGUGCGUAACCCGUUUGUUCGCUCGGUUCUUCAGUGAGAAAGCGCGCGUGGAAUGCUUUAGUCGUGUAGUAUCGUGUAUUCGUUCCGACGAGUGUUUCCAUGUGAAUGAGGUUGCCUUACUAUAUAAGUGCUUCUUUACAAAAAUAUGAAAUGACAGGAAAAAGAGAAAGAGAGAAUAUAGAGUAAAUAAAUAAGAAGGUGCACAGUGUGAUAAUAAAUAAAGAAGAUGAAAAUGGUACUAGUUUCAAGAUUAAUCGUGUUACUCGUUGUCCUUGUGCUGCAUCGAGCAAGAUCAACAGAGGAUGACAUAACUACAAUAAUGGAAGCUGACGAUCUUCUUAUAAACGAAAACGACCCUUUAGAGAUUAAGUGCACUGGCCUUGAAAGGAUUUCUUUCAUUUAUCCUCAAGACUUAGGAAAUGCGAUCGUCACUUCGCCAGUGCAUGCAGAAGAACACAUCGAGCACGGAAUUUAUAUAUACAUGUUCCAGCGACGUGAAACUGUUCAUGGAGAUACAGGGUUAUAUGGUUGCCCUGGAAAUGUUUUGCAAGUUACCUCACAUCCUAACUUUAAAACAUCUAAAAGCAUGGUAUAUGUUUACGUUCAGUCUACUGCAAAUGUGUUCGUAGAAACGAAUACCUUUGCUUCACUACAUGCAGCAGUCGGUGGGUCCGCUGUAAUACCAUGCAGACCAACGUCACCCAAUUUCACAGUCCAAGUCUUCUCAAACGAGAUGCCCGUGGAGCAACCAAAUUUCAAUCCGAGAAUUGGUCUCACAUUGACAAAUAUCACGUUAAAAGACAGUGGAUACUUCAAAUGCGUAAUAGACCAAGCAGAUGUGGACCAUGAAAUCACAUAUUUUUUCUUAGUGCAGCUUAAGCCAGAAUUGCUUGCUCCAGUAAUUAUAGAAGACACUUUGCGUCACGUAACACGAGGACAAACUCUACAUGUAAACUGCACGACAACUGUUGCAGCAGACUUGACUUAUGGUUUAAUUUGGAAUACACCACAAGUGAGCAGCAGGAUAAAUACUACUAGUUAUACUAAAAAGUCUGGUCCAGUUGCAAGCACAACCACCGAAUUGAUCAUAAAAGAUGUUAGGGAUGAGGACGAAGGGUGGUAUGAAUGUAUUAUCAAAUCUUUGUAUGAUUUUAACAAAACGAGAAAGUACAUUAAGGUUCAUGAUCCAGAAAACAAGUUUAUCAACCUAACAGCGCAGGAUGCGAACAGACAUUAUCAACGUCGAGAAGGUGAUAGUGUACAAUGGGUUGUACACGUGCAUGCCUAUCCAGAACCUAUUCUUAAAUGGUUAAAUACAAAAGGAGAAGAGAUCAUUGGAGCUUCGCAUGACUCAGAUAGACCGAAGUACGUAAUUAAAUUGACACCUAACCUUACAAUUCUGAAGAUUAACCAUUUAAAUAUCGAAGAUAUGGGAGAAUAUUCUCUUCAGGCUGUUAACCAAGAUAAAUUCGAAAUGCUGAAUUUUACGCUCGACGUAAUAGUGAAACCAGUGCCAAUGUUGAAGGUAGAGCCUUAUUAUGCUCCUAAUCAGACGGUAGAAAUUUCCUGUGAUGUGGCAACCUAUCCAGCACCAAACAUUACGUGGAGUUACAUGAGAUGUCCUUAUUAUCCUUCUUAUGAAGACGCGAGCACCAUAGAAUUACAAAAUAAAACGGAAAGCGGAAUGACUACCAGGUUUCGCUCAACUGUGCGGGUGACUAUUGAAAUGAGCGGCCAUCUUACUUGCACUGCGUGUAACCUUAUUGGAUGCGAGUCUCAAGUUGAAACUGUAUUGGUUUCCGAUGGAAGGGGUGGUUUCGGCAUAAUAAAUCCGACAGAUCCAGUGGUUGAAGGUGACGAUCUGGAACUGAUUUGUGCUGCUUCUAUUUACAAUUACACGGAUAAUUUCGAAUGGAAAUAUUCGGAUGACAUUCCCAUCGAGCCAAAUACCAGGACAACGAUCAGACGAGCCAAAACUCGAUUUACUUAUCGUUCCAUUUUGAAGAUAAAAAAUGUGACAAAAGAUGACUCAAUGAUGUACACAUGUCGUAAUAAAGAGGAAAUGGCUUACAUUCUUCAAGUGCACGACGCAGUAGCACCUUACAUAAUAGAAACUAAUUUGAAUGGAACUGAAAUUAUAGUCGAUGUUAGCAUCCAAGGUCACAAUGAAUUAUUACUGCACUGUUUUGUAGGUGGAAUGCCUAAACCAUUAGUCACUUGGUAUAGAGACGACGUACCAUUAAAAAUAGGCGAGCAAUUCAUGUACAUCCGUGACAACCAAGAGUUGCAUAUUUAUUAUCUUCAGGAUAAUGACAGUGGGGUGUACGCGUGUAAAGCAAAGAGUCGAUUGGGAUUAGUCCAGUCCACCAUAACAAUAACAGUAAAAGGGAAAGAACUUCCUAUGGGAUUGAUCGUGCUUAUCGUUGUUUUAUUGGUCAUAGUGGUGACUCUGUUAACCUACUUCACAAUCAAAAUUCGUCGUGAAAAGAUCAUGAGAAAGGAAUUAAUGGAAUCAGGAUUGAUGCAUUUCGAAGAAGGAGCAGUAGAAUGUUUAAAUCCAGAGUUAACAGUAGACGAUCAAGCAGAAUUGCUUCCUUACGAUAAGAAAUGGGAAUUUCCUCGAGAAAAAUUGAAAUUAGGGAAACAAUUAGGAAGCGGGGCUUUUGGCGUUGUUAUGAAAGCGGAAGCAGAAGGAAUUUGCGAGAACGAACCGAUAACGACUGUGGCUGUAAAAAUGGUUCGGCGAACAACAGUUCCAACUUGUGUUCGUGCGCUUGCCAGUGAGUUGAAAAUUAUGGUGCACCUUGGAAAACAUUUGAACGUCGUUAAUCUUCUCGGUGCUUGCACGAAAAACAUUUCUAAACGUGAAUUAUUAGUGAUCGUAGAAUAUUGCCGAUUUGGAAAUUUGCACAAUUAUUUGCUGCGACACAGGGCUGAUUUCAUCAACCAAAUUGAUCCUGCAACUGACAAAUUCGAUCCUACUAUCGGUUUAGAUCUUUUAACUAGAUCUGUUAGUGUUAGCAGCAACAACAGGAUAAAAUACGUGGCAUUGUCAUUUUCUCGCAGUCGUAGCGAAGAUUCAGCCACCGAAUCGGCAACAUAUCAAACCUCUACUACGGAUUCUCAAGGAAUUAGUAUGUCGCCGGAUGGCUGUGUUCUUAGUAAUAAUUCCUCUCAACCGGGAUGGAGAUCUAAUUAUCGCGGUGAUUACAAAGAUCACAAUUUGAAACCAAUCUGCACGCAGGAUUUGUUAUCCUGGGCGUUCCAAGUAGCGCGAGGAAUGGAAUAUCUUAGCCAAAGAAAGGUGUUACACGGUGAUUUGGCCGCGAGAAAUAUCUUAUUAGCCGAAAACAACGUAGUGAAAAUCUGUGAUUUCGGCCUAGCAAAAACUAUGUAUAAGGAUAAUAAUUAUAAAAAGAAAGGAGGUGGACUGUUACCUAUAAAAUGGAUGGCCAUUGAAUCGAUUAGAGAUCGAAUUUUCUCAACGCAAUCGGAUAUCUGGUCAUUUGGUAUAGUUCUAUGGGAGUUCUUUACAUUGGCUAAGACACCUUAUCCCGGAAUGGAAGCCGAGAAACAAUAUCAGAAACUGAUUGAGGGAUACAGACUGGAGCAACCGGAAUAUGCUACUUCUGAAAUAUAUGACAUAAUGCUGCAAUGUUGGAAAGCCAAGCCUACCCUACGUCCGAGUUUCACAGAAUUGGUACAGGGUAUUGGCGAAUUAUUAGAAGAAAGCGUAAAAGCGCAUUACAUCAGUCUAAACGAUCCUUACAUGGACAUGAACACGACGCUGCUGGAAGGUGGUCGGAGCGACUAUCUAACUAUGCUCUCCGCACCUGAUCACGCAGCACUCUCUUCUCCCAUCCACGAUUAUUCAAACUUGCCUGCUUCGAACACAACGUACCUGUGCAUGAGUCCCACUAGCCAGAGUGGGUACGAUUCAGAAAUAUUCAGUCCUAGACCUAAUCAAGAGAGAACGCACUUUAAAUUUCCGGUUACUACCGAUUCAGAAGACGCUGUAGAAUUGUCACCAAUGUUAAAGAAACCAGAAGAAGAGGAUCCUUAUCUGAAACCAAUUAACGUACACGCGCGGCGAGCAGAGUUCGUCCGACAGCAAGAGACAAUGAAGAAUCAACCAAUAGAUCAUCAGCUCAUCAAUAGGGAUUUCGCAUAUUGUAAUACUCCACGAAAUGUUCAGUUGAUAGAUUUAAACGAAAAAAAUGAAAAGAAUGAGAAGGAUUCUGACGACAUUGAAAUAUUAAAUAAUGGAAACACGUUAUCAAAGAAGAAUUUCAUACCAGCCAUCAUUAGGACACAGGGCAAUUACGUAAACAUGCCGAAGCAGAAGAAUGACUUAAGGUUAGACAUGCCAGCCAGUUUUAGCAAUCCUAGUUACGUGGUGAUGGCUAAUUGCGAAAGAGAUCAGAUGAAAGUCUGAACCUGUGCAUGAACAAAAUUUGACAAUUGUUUUAUAAUGAUGAUUAACUGAAGGGAAUGUCUAUUUCAGGCGGGCUUUCAUGGAUAGACAUGUGGAUAUGGAUAUGGUAAAUGGAGAAAAAUGAACAAUAAUACAUCUUUUUACUGUCUCCUCCGAAUAGGAUCUGAAACACUUUGUAGUAAUUAGGAUCUGUAUACAGUGGCUACAAAAAGUAUUUAUACACUACUGUACAUAUUUAUCAUAGCAUGCACAUAUUAAUUAGUUAGGCCCAAAUAUAUAAAAUGUUGUAUUAUAUCAUUUAAUAGUACAUAUGCACUUUUAUGUGAUUGUAAAAAUUUAAUAAUAUGAAAAUGAAAUGUAUAGGACUUAAUUUAAAAAAUGAUUCAUUGGGUAUGUAAGGGUAUGUGCAAAUACUUUUUUUGUAGCCAAUAAAUGUGACAAGAAAAUUGUAUCACUUUGCACAUGAUUUAAAUCUUAAAUUGUGUCCUUGUUGAAACAUCGAAGAGAAGUUCUGUUGCCUGUUGUUGCUGCAUGUUCCAAACAGUAUUCAAUAAAUAUCAACUUGUAGAAACAUUCUGUUUACACUGAAGCAACAUAAUCAGAGAAGUAUAUAAGUUUUAGUUUCAAAGUGAAAUUUACUUCUAGUUGCCUACAUACAAAUAUGUCAUAUAACAAUUGAAAAAGUGUAUAUACUAAAUGAACAUUUCUUUCUGUUGUAAAGCGCUGCUGUAUAUUGCUUAUCUUUUCUCUUUUUUUAUUUUUAUCAUUUCGGAUAACAACAGAUAAUAAGCAGUAGCUUUUGUUACUGACAACUGUGGGCAGUAAUCAUAUUCAUUAUUAGAAGUUUUGAAAAGUAUUGGUUAAUGUGUUAAAGCAAUUGCUUAGCAAGCGAAUAAUCAAGGUUCAGAACAGUGGGCAGCAACAAUUAGUAACUUUUUCAAGAAAACUAAAACAUGAAAAUCCUAGACUGUUGCUUCAGUUUUAACCAGUCUUGUUUGAAGGCCUUGAAAAAUUUGGUAGUAUAUGAAAGUCUUAAGGAUAUCUAAUGAUAAACCUACUGGUUUACAGACCUUGAAAAAUAUUCUAUUGAAUAUUUCAAGCACUUUGAUUUACUGUUGCCUAAGUGGUACAUUGACAUAAGAUAUUAACUCAUUAUGGGCCAAUAUUACAUUAAAGCACUAUUAAAGAUUGUUUAAUUAGUUUACAUCAUUGAAUUCUUCUUAUUAACAUGGCAAAUACUAAAGAGAAUCCAAACGACUUGUUUAAUAUUCUUUUGCUACUACUUCUUCUUCACAAAGUAGAUUCCAUAGUUUUAUGAAAUUUAAAGAAUCAAGAUUGAAAAUCCAGGAAUUAUCAAUACUUAUAAAAAUUUUAAGCUUUGGAUUGUGUUCAAAAUGAUUUGAAUCUUCAUAGUUUUAAAAAACUUUGAAUAGCUUCAAAGUUAAAAAUCAAGUAACCAUCACUACUGUUUGCUAUUAAAGUGCAUGAGGGUGAGCUCUUACGUGUGCAUGAACGUGUAUAUGUGAUUAAACAAGAUGAUUGAUUUUAAAUGUCACUUUUUGCAUUUGUGCAUGUUACUUCAUCUUCAAUGUGCCAUGACGAAAAUCAUUUAAAAUGAUUUGACGAACGAAAUAAAGAACAUAUGUAUGUUAUAUAAUAUAUAUGAUUGAUCCUUUUAACGAACUUUUAAAUAUUCAUAAAAAAUUUCAUUAAUAUGAGCAAUACUGCAUGAUAACCUUUCGGAAAAGAGACAUAUUUGACAAAAAUGACAGAAAAUAAAAUUGUGAAGAGUUAAGAAUACAUAAUUAUUCGUUUUUCAAAAUUAAACAUUCUGAUAUUAUUAUCUGAUACAGAAAUAAAAAAAUAAAAUACUUUAAUUUUUUAUGUUAAUUUUAAGACUAAUUGAGGUAAUAAAACAAAAAAAAAGGGAUGAAUUUAUAGAAAAGUUCUAUCUUCUCCAGUUUCAAUAAUUUUGGAAUAUGUUAUAGAAAUCAACAUUUUGGAUAACUUUUUCCUAUACAUAUAACCAGCGGUUUCGCUUAAUUUUCGAGACAUUUGUAAAAAACUGUCUACAUCACUGUAGUGAAUUUUGUCUAUAGUUGUAUGUCUCUUGCCGCUUAUGCGUCAGUAUUUUAUAAACAAGGAUUAGUCGAAGCUUAAAGGCCUCGUACGCAAUCGGAUAUGAUAGGCUCCAAAAAAUAUCUGUUGUAACUUAUAAUUCAAUUAAAAGCGAACAACAUCAAUAUAUUGGGUUUAGGUGUGAGUUCGACUUUUGAAUCCGGCCGUUACAAGGCGGCCAGGAACACUUUUAUUAUAACCGACAUUGUUUGGAAUCUCACAUGUCUAAUUGUAGAUAGGAAAAUUGUAUAUAGGAACAAAUUGUGCAAAAUAUUGAUUUUUAUAACAUAUUCCAAAAUCAUCGAAAUCGGAGAGGAUGAAACAUUUCUACAAGUUCACUGCUUUUUAAUACCUGUUUAAGCAAUUGAUACAUUGCAUACGAAUCGAAUCUUAUUUCGAAACUAACAGAAGAAAUUAAAAUUUUAAAAAUACGUUAUUAGUAUGCGUUUAUUGAUAAAUUACCGUUUCUAAUAUGAUUUAAGCAUUAGUCGUAAUCAGAUAUUGUACACUUUGAAGGAUUUGGAAACAAAUCCCUAAUUUUUCUACGUCUUUUUAUACUAAUGUUCAAUUAAUAUUUAAUAUUCUUACGAAAUCUAUAAUUUGAUUUUAAAUGAUUUUAUUCGUCUAUGUUUUAUACGUUAAAUAGGCAGUAAAAUGUUAGCAUCUCUCCCAAAUGAAGACUAUCAGGAGAAAAAUAUGCAUACUUUGUACCUCUUCAUAAAAGAGCAAUUUUACGAUUUUAUAUAUCAUUCACUAUAAUUUUUAAAAUUCAGUGGUUUAUAUAUCAAUCCUAUACUACCAAAAUUAUACUGUUAUUUGAUUUUAAGAUUAGACAUAUAUUUUUUUCAUUAUUAUGAUCAUUUCACAAUUAUCCAUCGCUAUAAUAUUUUGUAUGCGUCUGAUUUUUUACAAUAAUUCACGAAUCUAUGAUUUAUUUUUCGAAAGUUUAAAAGAUUGUUCUCUUUUCGAUAUCGUUGAGUCAUUCGGGCCCAUAUAGUUUAAUUUAGGUAUGUGCUAGAUUACUUCCUUUUAGGAUGUUUAAUUUUAAUUUGCAUUCUAUUUUUUAUGCGAUAAAUGGUAAUUGUGAUCUUUAUAUAUAAAACACAGGAUACAAAUUAAAAUGAACCAAACUCUAAAAUUAAGUAACUUAACUUAAGCUCUUGUGGGUGAUCUACAAAUCAAGAGUUGGAGAAUUAGCAAAAGUAGACUUAUCAUGCCUUUCAUAUGUAGUCUUCAAAUGUACACAUAGAAAUUGGGGAUCACAAGAAAAGAUCAUGAUAAUUCUUCUUCUGUUGAUUUUCUGAUUUUGAUGGCUCUUAUUUGGUAGCUAAAAGAAUAUAUUUUUAUAUACUAUAAUCAAAAAGCCAAUAACGCAAAAACCAAUAAUGCCUAUAACUUGUAUAAUAUUGUGAACCUAAUCUUAUAAUCUGACAUUCAAUAUUUUUUUAAUAUUUAAGAAACUGUAAAAACACUUAAUCGAAGAAACCAAAUAGACAGUUUUGGAUUUAAUUGGUAGUGUAAUAGAAUUUUACAGUUGUUUACUUUCUAAAAAAUGUGAUUUAACAUGGUUUUUCCCUGUAGUCUUUAUUAUAUUUAAAAUGAAAAUGUGAAUCAAAUUCCAAAUAUGUAUGUAUGGAGAUACUUCGAUACUUCGAUAUGAUAUUACGCCACACUUAGACCGACUUCAAAAAAGAAGGAAAGUAUCGUCAAUUCAAUGAGUAUAUAUAUAUAUAUAUUUUAAUAGUAUUAUUGUACAAAUAAAUGUGAAAUCGUAUUGAUGGGAUAUAAAGACAUGUACAGAGACAACAUGCCGUUGGUGAAUACUUUUAAUAAUGAACUUAUUAUUUGUUAAAGAGAUAUUUAAUUAUCAUUAAUUACUAUAUCUUUGAAAAAUUGACAACAAAAUAUUUAAACAACAAUAACAAAAUGUUUCAGAUCUAUACAAUUCAUAAAAGCAUAACGUUUGAGUAAAAUGAAUUCGUUUAUCAAUACUUGAUACUCAAUGCGUUAUAAGUUUAAACGCAGGAUUUAAUUCGAAUCUAAUAAGUACGAAUUUCGAAAAAUUUUAUAUAUUUAAUUACAGCCAAAGAUGUGCAACGUGUUUUAAUGUUAAUUACACAACUCUACUCGUUAGAUAAGAGAACGUCAUGACGAAGCGCGUGUGUCGGUCUAAUUUAAAUUGUCUAACGUUUACGUUUAGAAUGUAUAAAAUUUGUAUAAUAAAUUUUUUACCUUCUUCGCAAUA